CUUCGCCCUACCAGACCCGGGAGGGGGGGAGGGCGCGCCAGGGCUUCUUCAAGUUAGGGGCCUGACUCCCCGGCGACGAGACAAGAUGGCUCCUCCGGUCCGCGCCGCAGCUACCGUCCCGGCUGCGUCGCUCGGCCCGCCCCCGGUACUGUUUCUUUAAAUGGCGGAGAGGGUCAUGAAAGCAGGAAGAGAGGCGCGCGCCCUCACGUGACAGGGGCGGGACCGGCUAGCAAGAUCCGGUCACGUGGAGGCCCGCUGCCCGCCAAUCAGGAGGCGUCGCAUCAGGGCGGGGGCGGGAGGAGCUGCGGCUCUGUGAUUGGCCGAAUGCGCCGCGGAGGCCUCGGGGGCUUGGGGCGUCGGGGAGUGCGCGAGGCGGACCGGGUUGUGUGCACUAUCGGAGACAAAGCGGUGGCUGAGGUGGCUGUAGCGGCUGCGGCAGCGGCGGCAGAGCAGCCCUAAACGCCGAAUUCCGUGGUGCUGAGUCCUGUCAUCCUUUCAUCCAGCGCGGCGCGUGGGCGGCUGGUCUCGCGGCGGCGGCGGCAGCGGCGGAGGCGGAGGCAGCACAUGGUUCCAAGAGCGCGCUGCGGUUGUUGGGUUCCAAUUCUGUGGGGAGGGACAAAGGCAGCUUUGAGCACCGGGCAACGCCUUGUCGGGUUGUGCGCUCUCCACACAGCCCUCGACCCGAGCCUUGAAAGCUGGGACUAACUCUUCUCCGUGAGGAGGAGGCGGCCUCGGAAGCGAGGCCCUGGUGGGCAGGAGAGACGGAGGCCUCUGUCUGAGGGAAGUGGGGGGAGGGGCGUUGCCCUCAUCAGGUGAUUUGGGCGGGUCAGUUCUGAGGCAUUUUUUGUGGGUCAGUGUGAGGUAAUUUGACCCAUUACACUGAGGAGAUUGGGACUGGAGCAGAAGCUAGGUUGGGUCUGGGCUUUGGAAAAAGGAAUCGUCAUCAUCGCUUAGGAGACCUUUCAGUUGGGAGGUGGUGAAGCCGGAAUUAACGCCAUAUGCACUCCAUCGACUUCAUGGCCGCCAGCCUGGGGCCUAUUUAAGAACCCUGGGAUCGUUGGUAGUGAAGAAAUGGGUGACUGCUCAGUUUUAUGACAGAAGCUGGUGAAUUUCCGGAUUGGUAAAUUUUCUGAUCGGAAAUUUAGAGGAACAAUAACAAAAAAAGCUUGAAGAACGUGAAGAUGGAGCAGUAAUAAAACCUCCCAACUCCAGUACAUCUACUCCAAGACCACAUUCAACUCCUUGAACUAUCGCAACUUAAUGCUAAGGCUCUUUAAAACUACAGAUUUAUAAGGUUUUUUUUUUUUUCCAGAAUAUUGCAUCACAAUUGUGAAGAUAAAAACUUAAAGGAGAAAUCAGUUGUAGUUUUAGACAUCUCUUUGAAUAUAUUUUGGAUAGAUACUAGGUAACCUUGUUUAACAGUAAGGAGCACAGACUUACCAAACCUUUACUGGAAGGAAUCCUGGAAAAUCUAUUCCAUUGUAAGUUUAUAUUUCCCAGUUAGUGGGUGAAGGACUGGAGAUCUUACUGCACUCAUGGCUUUCACAAAUUACAGCAGUCUGAAUCGAGCUCAGCUAACCUUUGAAUAUCUGCAUACAAAUUCAACUACUCAUGAAUUCUUGUUUGGUGCUCUUGCUGAACUGGUUGAUAAUGCAAGAGAUGCUGAUGCCACCAGAAUAGAUAUUUAUGCAGAAAGGCGAGAGGACCUUCGAGGAGGAUUUAUGCUUUGCUUUUUGGAUGAUGGAGCAGGAAUGGAUCCAAGUGAUGCUGCCAGUGUGAUCCAGUUUGGGAAGUCAGCCAAGCGAACGCCUGAGUCCACCCAGAUUGGGCAGUAUGGGAAUGGGUUAAAAUCGGGCUCAAUGCGCAUCGGGAAGGAUUUUAUACUCUUCACUAAGAAGGAAGACACCAUGACCUGCCUCUUUUUGUCUCGGACCUUUCAUGAGGAAGAAGGCAUUGAUGAAGUGAUAGUCCCAUUGCCCACCUGGAAUGCUCGGACCCGGGAACCUGUCACAGACAAUGUGGAGAAGUUUGCCAUUGAGACAGAGCUCAUCUACAAGUAUUCUCCCUUCCGCAAUGAAGAGGAAGUUAUGACUCAGUUCAUGAAGAUUCCUGGGGACAGUGGAACACUGGUGAUCAUCUUCAAUCUCAAACUCAUGGAUAAUGGAGAGCCAGAGCUAGACAUAAUCUCAAAUCCAAGAGAUAUCCAGAUGGCAGAGACUUCCCCAGAGGGCACGAAGCCAGAGCGGCGCUCCUUCCGUGCCUAUGCUGCUGUGCUCUAUAUUGAUCCCCGGAUGCGGAUCUUCAUCCAUGGGCACAAGGUGCAGACCAAGAGGCUCUCCUGCUGCCUAUAUAAGCCCAGGAUGUACAAGUACACAUCAAGCCGUUUCAAGACUCGCGCAGAGCAGGAGGUGAAGAAAGCUGAGCAUGUAGCGCGGAUUGCUGAGGAGAAGGCACGGGAGGCAGAGAGCAAAGCUCGGACCUUAGAAAUUCGCCUAGGUGGAGACCUCACACGGGACUCCAGGGUGAUGUUGCGGCAGGUCCAGAACACAGCCAUUACCCUCCGAAGAGAAGCAGAUGUCAAGAAGCGGAUCAAGGAAGCCAAGCAACGAGCACUUAAAGAACCUAAGGAACUGAAUUUUGUCUUUGGGGUCAACAUUGAACACCGGGACCUGGAUGGUAUGUUCAUCUAUAACUGUAGCCGCCUGAUCAAGAUGUAUGAGAAAGUGGGCCCACAGCUUGAAGGAGGCAUGGCAUGCGGUGGGGUUGUUGGGGUUGUUGACGUGCCCUACCUGGUCCUGGAACCUACACACAACAAGCAGGACUUUGCUGAUGCCAAGGAGUACCGGCACCUGCUGCGGGCGAUGGGGGAGCAUCUGGCACAGUACUGGAAGGACAUUGCCAUUGCCCAGAGGGGAAUCAUCAAGUUCUGGGAUGAGUUUGGCUACCUCUCUGCCAACUGGAACCAGCCCCCAUCCAGUGAGCUACGUUACAAGCGUCGGAGAGCUAUGGAAAUCCCAACCACCAUCCAGUGUGAUUUGUGUCUGAAGUGGCGAACCCUCCCCUUCCAGCUGAAUUCUGUGGAAAAAGAUUACCCUGACACCUGGGUUUGCUCUAUGAACCCUGAUCCUGAGCAGGACCGAUGUGAGGCUUCUGAACAGAAGCAGAAGGUUCCCCUGGGGACAUUCAGAAAGGACCUAAAGACACAAGAAGAGAAGCAGAAGCAGUUGACAGAGAAAAUUCGCCAGCAGCAAGAGAAGCUAGAAGCCCUGCAGAAAACCACACCUAUCCGCUCCCAAGCUGACCUGAAGAAAUUGCCUUUGGAAGUGACCACCAGACCUUCCACUGAGGAACCUGCACGUAGACCUCAGCGACCUCGGUCACCUCCUUUACCUGCUGUGAUUAAGAAUGCCCCAAGCAGACCCCCUUCCCUGCAACCUCCCAGGCCAGCCAGCCAGCCCCGAAAGGCUCCUGUCAUCAGCAGCACCCCAAAACCUCCUGCCCUGGCAGCUCGAGAGGAGGCCAGUACAUCCAGGGUGCUGCAACCACCAGAGGCACCCCGAAAGCCUGCUAACACACCGGUUAAGACUCCGCCCCGGCCCACCCCUAUAGUGCAGCCACCGUCACCAUCUCUGCUACCCAACUCCAAGAGCCCUCGGGAGGUCCCUGCUCCCAGAGCCAUCAAGACUCCAGUGGUCAAGAAGCCAGAGCCACCCAGUAAACUCUGCCCAACCACACAGGGUCGGAAGCGGACUCUUGGGGUCUCUGAUGAAGAAGAAGCUGAGGAAGAGGCUGAGAGGAGGAAAGAGAGGUCUAAGCGGGGCAAGUUUGCUGUGAAGGAAGAAAAGAAGGACUUGAAUGAGCUCUCAGACAGUGCUGGGGAAGAGGACCCAGCUGACCUUAAGAGGGCUCAGAAAGAUAAAGGGUUGCACGUGGAGGUGCGUGUGAACAGGGAGUGGUACACAGGCCGUGUCACAGCUGUGGAGGUGGGCAGACAUGUGGUGCGGUGGAAGGUGAAGUUUGACUACGUGCCCACAGACACCACUCCGAGAGACCGCUGGGUGGAGAAAGGCAGUGAGGACGUGCGGCUGAUGAAGCCCCCUUCUCCGGAGUACCAGAGCCCUGAUACACAGCAGGAGGGCGGGGAGGAGGAGGAGGAGGUGGCGGUGGCCCAGCAGGCUGUAGCCAUGGCAGAGCCCUCUACUUCUGACUGCAUCCGCAUAGAGCCUGACACCACUGCCCCGAGCACCAACCACGAGACCAUUGACCUGCUCGUCCAGAUCCUCCGGAAUUGUUUACGGUACUUUCUGCCUCCAAGUUUCCCCAUCUCCAAGAAGGAGCUUAGUGCUAUGAAUUCAGAUGAGCUAAUAUCAUUUCCUCUGAAAGAGUACUUCAAGCAGUAUGAAGUGGGACUCCAGAAUCUCUGCCAUUCCUACCAGAGCCGUGCUGACUCACGGGCCAAGGCCUCUGAGGAGAGCCUGCGCACUUCUGAGAGAAAGCUCCGAGAGACAGAGGAGAAGCUGCAGAAGCUGAGGACCAACAUCGUGGCGCUCCUGCAAAAGGUGCAGGAGGAAUCUGUGGUUCCAACCCUGGCUGCACAGCAUCCUGACCAAGAGGGCUGGAGGUGGUGCGGCUGCCUGGGCCUCAUCCCAGCCAGACCCACGGACAUAGACAUCAACACAGAUGAUGAGCUGGAUGCCUACAUCGAGGACCUGAUCACCAAGGGGGACUAAGGGGCUCAGAGACAAAGAUCAGCUCCUCUGCCCUUUAAGGCAGAGUUCUUGGGGGGUGGUGUUUUGUUCAUGGGUUGGUGGACUUACCUUGGUUUGAUUCACGUGAGACAUUUGUGCUUUUGGAGGGAAAAAUACUCUGAUUCUUUGAAUCUUCCUCCCUAAGUUUAUAAAUAUUUAUUUUUUAAAAGAAAUAAGAUGCUGCACCUGCUGUGAGACCAUACAUUUUUCUUUUGGUGACUCUUGGGCAAAGGACAGAGAACCAGGAUGCCAGGCUCCUUCAAGUCUCGUCUCCUGGCUCCUUAAGAUGUGGUAAACCCAGUGUCAUCCAUAAGUCAGAGAGGCUUUGGGGGCAGGCCUCGUCUCUUCUAGAGGAUGAACAAUGUUGAAAUCUGAGGGGUAGAGGGGGGAAAGAGCCCUCUAGAGUGGUGCUUCUCCUAUGGGCUCUGAUCUGGGGGACCCCUGGGGGCUAUGGGUCAGGAUGAGGCUCAGUCCCAAGCUGUUCCUUCUCAGGUCAGGGACAUGAAUGUCGGCCCAGGCAGCUGUCAGUCAUCUUAGCUGUGGCAUUGUCUAAACAGCUUGGGGAAGAAAGAGCCUCCCAUUCAACCUCCCCAUCCACCAUUCGAGUUCUCUCUGUGGCAGUGAUUUCCUUAGUUAACCAUAGAUAGUGAGGUUUCCCACCCCAAAAACUUGAGUCCAGGUUGAGUAGUAGAUCUGACUCUAGUGGGAUACACACUGAAUGAAUGUUUGAAUUCCAAAGGAUUCUUUUUGAGAAAGCUUCUUAUGGAGCCCCUGGUGCUGAUCUGGUGGUGACCUCUGCCUGUGGCAGGGUCGGGAGGGAGCACACUGCCUCAGAUGGUGCUGGCUGAUCUGGAGAACCUGCUGCUGCUGCUUUUACUGUUACCCCUCUGCCUGGCCCCACUGGUCCCUGCACUGGGCCAGACCAAAGAGGGGGUCACUGAGCCAUAGGGACCCCAGAGGCAGCUUUGUUGGAAGCACACCAUGCCUUCCCUCCCAUCUAGUCACAGCCUCACACAGCUGUGUCCUUCAAGUGACUUCUCAGGGUCAAAGACAAAGGCAAAAGUUGCUGAGUUUCUCUUUAGUGGUCAUUGGAAAAAUUCUAGUUUGAUUUCCCCCAACUCUCCUCUCUCCUCUUUAUUUGGGGACUUUGGGUUUUCUAGAGGCACAGGAGCUAUGGCCUGAUACCGCUGGUCUGUGAUUCAUGAAACGUUUCUGAGUGUGUUUCUUGCAUCUACCCACCCCAGGUCAGCAGUGGCCCACAUGCCACUCUGUGGCCUCUGCAGAAGACUGGGAGGUACUGGUGAGGGAAGUCUAUCCACUUGUGCAUGUGUCCAGAAGCACCUGCAACUUGUGGGUUUGGGACUUCCCCAAACCACACCUCUGGGGGCGGGUUAUUUGGGGAAAUACCACUCAGAACCUGGCCUCUUCCUCUGGAAGUUCUCUGAGCCUUGGGGUUUCUUGAGCUGGUAACUCCUCUCCUGUCCAGCUCGCUUUCCUUCUUCCCAGGCAGCAUGUGGUUCAUUUUUGUCCGCAAACCUGCUGUUUUUAUUCUAAAGGAAGUUGGUUCUGCAUUUUUACCAGAGGGCAAUACCCAAGUUUUUUUAUUUACACAGCUGUAAUCAAAAUGCAAUACUAUAAAACUUUUAUUGGUGAGA